UUGCCCGCUACAUCAAGCUGAGAACAGGGAAGACUCGAACUCGCAAACAGGCCCUGAAUGUGGACCAGGUUUCCAAGGACAAGGCUUUCCAGACAAUGGCCACCACGUCCUCAGCCCAGCUCAUCUCAGCACCUUCCCUGCAGGCCAAACUUGGUCCCGCCGGUCCUCAGGCCCCAGAGCUUUUCCAGUUUUGGUCGGGGGUUUCUGGGGCCCCCUGGAAUGUUCCAGAUGUGAAGCCAUUCUCGCAGACACCGUUCUCCUUGUCACUGACUCCUCCAUCUACUGACCUCCCAGGAUAUGAGCCCCCCCAAGUCCUGUCACCUCCUGCUUUGCCCCCACCUGCCCCAUCACCCCCAGCCUGGCAGGCUCGGGCUCUGGGCACUGCUCGGUUGCAGCUGGUGGAGUUCUCGGCCUUUGUGGAACCUCUGGAUGCAGCUGACUCUUACGAGAGUCACCUGUUCGUACACAUCAGCCAGCACUGCCCCAGCCCCGGAGCGCCCCCCCACCCCGAGAGUGUGGACAUCCGGCAGAUCUAUGACAAACUCCCUGAGAAAAAGGGUGGUCUGCAGGAGCUGCAUGAUCAUGGGCCACCCCCCCACGCCUUCUUCCUGGUCAAGUUCUGGGCGGACCUGAACUGGGGCCCCAGUGGCGAGGAGGUGGGGGCCGGCGGUAGCAGUGGUGGCUUCUAUGGAGUAAGCAGCCAGUACGAAAGCCUGGAGCACAUGACCCUCACCUGAUCCUCCAAGACAGAGUGUGCCCAGCUGGAGGACGGGAGGUUCGUGUACCGCCUGCUGCGCUCACCCAUGUGUGAGUACCUGGUGAAUUUUCUGCACAAGCUGCGGAAGCUGCCCAAGCACUAUAUGAUGAACAGUGUCCUGGAGAACUUCACCAUCCUCCAGGUGGUGACAAACAGAGACACCCCGGAACUGCUGCUCUGCACCGCCUAUGUCUUCGAGGUCUCCACCAGUGAGCAGGGGGCCCAGCACCACAUUUACUGCCUGGUCAGGGACUGA